AAUGGAAUUUUCGUCGCCUGUUUUCUUGCGGCAGACGGGAAAGACUGCUUCAACGGCACUAUCCGACUGUGGUUAGCUUGUCGCAAGUGUGAAUCCUCAAAGGAUCCGAAAAGAUGCCAUAUUCUUCCCAGUGUUCCGAUUCAUUUUUCAGAUUUUUUUCCACUCUCUCAACCCAGAAAUAUGAACCUUCAUCAUCAUCAUCAGUUCAUCAUAUUAAUAUUCAAGAACAGCUCAACAUGUGUGCACAACUACUCCCUCCAGAAAAGUCAACUUUCCCAGUUUCAAUAUUGAACAAAUAUAUUAUAUUGCAGACGAAAUUGGCUUUUCUCUUUGAAUAUUUUAAACGAAAGGCUGCUGUUUUGCUCUCGCCAUCAUUUUUACCCGAUCAAUGAUCAUCGUAUCGGGGUUGCUAUCUACCUACCUAAUAUUUAUCAACCGUACAAUAACCCAUCCCUCAAAUGGCGACCCAGUCAGCGCCAGCGAAGGAAAUUCAUGUUUUCUUAAGAGAAUUACAUUUACCAACCGCGCCUUCCUAGCUACCAGCUGCUCAUAUUGUGGGCAAGCAGUGUUCUUUACUCCUCUGUAAUCAGGAAUAUUCAAUUCUUUUGGACAGAGAUAUUUUGUUUUCUUUAUUUCUCAAGCAUCUGGAUGUGGGGGGAUUGUUUUCAUUAGUCAAAAGGGAAGGAUGCUCAAGGUUUCAUAGUUUUGUAGUUUGAGAGGAGUUUUUGAAUUUUGGGUCCGUAUCUUCAAAAUGAACACCAGGAGAAUUGCUUUGAUUGAAGUGAGUUUGAUUGUAUGGAUUUGCUGGUUUAUGUUGGUUACUGGGGCAGACGAUCGAGUUACUCAUCCUGAUGAAGUAAAAGCAUUGCGUUCCAUCAGGGGAAGCUUGAUUGAUCCAAAUAGGAAUCUGAGUAACUGGAGGGCAGGAGAUCCAUGUGCCUCAAAUUGGACAGGGGUGCUAUGCUAUAAUGACACACUGAGUGAUGGCUACUUUCAUGUGCGAGAACUGCAACUGUUGAAGAUGGGCUUAUCAGGAAGUUUAUCACCUGAGCUUGGCCGCUUAUCUCAUUUGAAGAUAUUAGAUGUGAUGUGGAACAGUAUUGGCGGAAGUAUACCAAAGGAGAUAGGAAGUAUUUCAACGUUAGAGUUAUUGCUUCUGAAUGGAAAUGAACUGACAGGCCCCUUGCCUGAAGAGCUCGGUAAUCUUCCUAAUUUAGACAGGAUACAAAUCGACCAGAAUCACAUAUCGGGUCCAAUACCUCUCUCAUUUGCAAAUUUGAACAAAACGCAACACUUCCACAUGAAUAACAAUUCAUUAAGUGGACCAAUCCCGCCUCAGCUGUCUAAACUUCCCCAGCUUCUUCACUUAUUGCUCGACAAUAACAACUUAACGGGAUCCCUUCCACCAGAGCUGGCUGAAUUACCAAAAGUGCUCAUCAUUCAACUUGACAACAACCACUUUGACGGGAGUCGGAUACCAGAGUCUUAUGGAAACAUGUCUCAUUUGCUGAAAAUGAGUCUCAGGAACUGCGGCCUGCAGGGGCCAGUACCAGAUCUAAGCAACAUAGCUAAUCUCACUUACGUAGAUCUCAGCUCUAACCAACUUACAGGGCCCAUACCAACAAAUAGGCUCUCCGGGAAUAUCACAACCAUCGAUUUAUCAAACAACAAUCUUAAUGGAAGUAUUCCUACAAGCUUUUCUGAACUUCCUCGUUUGCAGAGACUGUCUCUUGCAAACAAUUCGUUAAGCGGUUCUAUACCAUCCACUAUUUGGCAAAAUAGGAGACUUAAUUCAACUGAGAGCCUCUUCCUGGACUUUCAGAACAAUGCGUUUUCCAAUAUAUCGGGAAGUCCGAUUAUCCCACAAAAUGUCACUGUUAGGCUCCAAGGAAACCCGUUGUGUUCAAAUGCUAACCUACUAAAUGAGUCGUGUGGACCUUCUGGCAAUGAAACUGAUAACCGCAUGAUCUCAAAGAGUAUCACUGACUGCCCCCCGUUGGGGUGCCCCCCACCCUACGUGUAUUCGUUGCCUUAUCCUACUUGCUUUUGCGUUUUACCUCUGCUUGUUCAGUAUCGGUUAAAGAGUCCGGGAUUCCGUGAUAUCCGGCCAUACCUGAAUGAGUUUGCGUGGUACCUGAGCGAUGGUCUAGUGCUGAACCUUUCGCAAGUACGCAUUGAUUCACUUGACUGGGAACCAGGCCCUCGGUUGGAGAUGCACUUCGAGUUUUACCCCAUUUUCAUGGACGUUAAUAGCUCCCGUGAAUUCAAUAAGAGCGAAGUUUUGCGACUUACGGGCUUAUUUACUGGAUGGCUGAUACCUGAUAAUGAUCUUUUUGGACCUUACGAACUUCUCGGGUUCACCCUACUGGGAGACUAUUCAAAUUAUAUCCCUCCUUCAACUUCAUCCUCCGGCCUAAGCAAGGGAGCUCUAGCCGGCAUCAUACUAGGGUCAAUUGGCGGUGCAGUUACGCUGUCUGCAUUUGUGUCACUCCUCAUUUUUAGAUUGCAUAUGCGGAAAUUCCGAUCAGCAACGAGGAGACGCCAAAUGUCAAAGAUCUCUAUCAAAAUUGACGGCGUGAAAGAGUACACUUUUCAAGAACUGAUAGCAGCAACGAGGGAUUUCAACAACUCAAGUGUUGUUGGGCAGGGAGGAUACGGGAAAGUGUAUAGAGGUGUCUUAGCCGAUGGAACAGUCGUGGCCAUCAAGCGUGCUCAAGAGGGAUCAUUGCAGGGCGAAAAAGAGUUUCUUACGGAAAUUGAACUAUUGUCUAGGCUGCAUCAUAGAAACCUCGUGGCUUUACUUGGAUAUUGUGGAGAAGAAGGCGAACAGAUGCUGGUCUACGAAUUCAUGCCGAAUGGUACUUUGAGAGAUCAUUUGUCUGUUAAAUCUAAAGAUCCUCUAACCUUUGCCUUGAGAUUGAGAGUCGCACUGGGUUCCGCGAAGGGCAUUCUAUAUUUGCACACGGAAGCUGAUCCGCCUAUAUUCCAUAGAGAUAUCAAGGCAAGUAACAUAUUGUUGGACGCAAAAUUUACAGCCAAGGUUGCUGAUUUUGGACUUUCACGGCUUGCGCCUGUCCCUGAUCUCGAAGGGGAGGUCCCCGCUCACGUAUCGACGGUUGUUAAGGGUACUCCGGUAAGCAUUAUCUCUUUGAAAAUAAGUAGCCAUGUAACUCGAGCAAGCAACUUAUUGAUGUCAUCACAUAUGCUACGAAGUCACAAAAAUAUGGCGUUCUUGCAGGGAUAUCUCGACCCGGAGUAUUUCCUAACCCACAAACUCACGGACAAGAGCGAUGUUUACAGCCUUGGUGUAGUAUUCCUCGAGUUGUUGACUGGAAUGCACCCUAUUUCUCACGGCAAAAAUAUUGUUAGGGAGGUAAACGUUGCAUAUUCUUCGGGCAUGAUAUUCUCUGUGAUUGAUGAGCGGAUGGGAUCAUAUCCUUCUGAAUGCGUGGAGAAGUUCAUAACACUGGCUCUCAAAUGCUGCCAAGACGACACAGAUUCCCGGCCUUCAAUGGCAGAAGUGGUUCGAGAACUGGAAGCCAUAUGGCUUAUGAUGCCGGAGUCUGACACCAGAAUCAGAGAUUCAUCAUCGGUCACUGAUCCGAUCAAGGAUGUCAGCUCUUCAUCUGCAUCGGCGCCCAUGAAAAAUCCAUAUAUUUCAACUGAUGUCUCCGGCAGUGACCUAGUCAGCGGCGUCGUCCACACCAUUACUCCCAGAUGAUGCAUAAAACCAGGGGCAAAGAAACAUGUUUGUAUAUAGCCAUCCAUAGAGACUUGUUUCUGUUUGCAGAAUUCAGUAGUUAGUUGUUGCUGGACAACAUGAUUCUGUUAUUGUAGUGUCUUGUUUGUUAAGGAUCCACUCUCAUUUUGAUACUUGAAUGUUGAUUAUGGAAAAUAAAUCAUUCUUGAUUUGAGUCAGUUAGCUAU